AUGGGGUCGUGUAGAGAAGCUCCUGAACUUAGUGUUGGAUGUAAAAAGACUAUAUUAGUUUGUUUGUAUUGUGCUAAAGUAUUUGCGGGUGGUGGUAGUAAUCGAUUUAAGCAACGUUUAGCUGGAGCUAAAGGAGAAGUUGAACAAUGUCGCAAAUGUCCUCCUGAUGUUCGACAUCAAAUGAGAACAACUCCUGGUGCUCAAAAGUCUCUUCAGAAUUGUUGGCAAAGAAAGGAAGCAGUUGAACGGUGUGAUCUUGCUUUAGCGAAGUGGAUGAUUGAUGCAUGUGUGCCAUUUAAUGCUCUUAACUCUGUGUAUUAUCAGCAUGCCAUAGAUGCUGUAACAGCCAUGGGUCCUGGUUAUAAAGGACCAAACUUGCAUAUUAUUCGUGGUUAUUACUUGGCAAAAGCGAUUGAUGAAGUCAAGAUUUAUGUUGAGACUUAUCGAGAGAUUUGGAAGAAGACUGAAAACAUUGUGCAUAUGGUGACUGAUAAUGCUGCAAAUUAUGUUGCUGCUAGCAAGUUAUUGAUGGAGGAAUUUCCUUCAAUAUUUUGGUCUCUUUGUGCUGCUCAUUGCAUCAACCUCAUACUCCAUGACAUUGGUAAAUUGCAGUCAGUUUGUUGUGUUGUUGAGCAUGGUUUUGGUAUCACAAAGGAAUGGGUCUCAUCUACUUAUGCUAAAGAUAGCAAAGGAAAAAUAUUUGUUGAGAGUGUGCUAGACUCUUUGUUUUGGGAAGAAUGUGCAAUAAUUAUGCGAAUGAGUGAGCCUUUAAUUCGAGUUCUACGAAUGGUUGAUGGUGAUGAUAGACCUUCGAUGGGAUAUUUGUAUGAUGCUAUUCAUCAUGCAAAAGAAGAAAUGAUGAGGAGAUUUCAAAAGAGAAAGGCUAGAGUGAAACCUUUCAUAGAUAUUAUCAUAGAAGAUGACCCAUCAAUCUUGACAACUGAAGAAGCAGAGAGUUUUCAUCAAGCUCUAUCAACUAUGACCAUACAAGAUACUUUAGAUGAUGAUGAUUGUGACGAUGAAGUUUCAAAAGAGCAUGCUGAUGAUUUAUUAGGUGUUGACGAGAUUGGCUCAAUUCCAUCGACAUUUGAUCCAAAUUUUGCUUCUAUGGACACAGAAGAACUUAAUGUGUUCAUUCAACAAAAGUGA